AUGGACUGGGAGGCGGCCAUCCGCAACAAACGCGAUGCCCUUCUCGCCUGCAUUCCCGUGCACUGGCGGCUGAGCGAAGUCGAGCUGCGCCGAGCCAAAGCGCACAUCGACGUCCGCACUGUCUUGCCCUCCUUACUUAGUCCAGUCGAGCAGGCCAUCACCGCGCUCCCAGCCGCCCCACUGCUGCUCGCCCUGCGUUGUGGCGAUUACACCGCCAGCGAGGUCUGUGGUGCCUUCAGCCACCGCGCUGCCCUGGCUCACCAGUUGACGAACUGCCUUUGCGAGCUCGACUUCGCCGCCGCAACCGCCCGGGCUCAGCAUUUGGAUGCUUACUUUCGCAAGCACCGCCGGCCGUCAGGCCCUUUGCACGGCCUUCCAGUCAGCUUGAUGGACCGCUUCCACGUCGCUGGCCUGGACAGCACUUGCGGGUUCGCAAGCUGGAUCGGCCAUCCGAAGACCAUUGAUGACGAAGGCGUGGUGCUUCGUGCUCUCCGCCAUGCUGGUGCUCUUGUCUAUUGCAAGACGAACGUUUCCAUGGGUGCUCUGAUGGGCGAGACCGUUAACAACAUCGUGGGAUUCACCGUCAAUCCUUGCAACAUCAAGCUAUCGGCUGGAGGCGCGUGCGGAGGGGAAGGUGCUUUGCUUGCCCUUGGCGGCUCUGCCGUCGGAAUAGGUACGGACCUUGUGGGUUCCAGUCGUAUCCCUGCGGCUUUCAAUGGUUUAGCUGCUCUCAAAACUUCUGAAGGCCGACUGUCCACCUCGGGAAUCGCGACCAUCCUGAGAGGCUUGCCCGUAGCUUCGGGCAGCAUUGGCCUCAUGGCUAAAGACAUCAGUUCUGUUGAACUAGUUUUUAAAACAUUGCUGGAAAGUGAGCCAUGGCGGGAGGACCCCAAUGUCAUCGAAUUACCGUGGCGCGCAGAGAAACAUGAUGCCAUCGCGAAAAGAGCCGGGGCGUCCGGUUACUCUUCAGGAAGACUGGUCCUUGGUCUCAUGGCUUGCGACCAAAAUGUUCAACCGCAUCCAAAUGUCGCACGAGCGCUAGAACAUGUGAAGGAGACGCUCGAGAAAGAGGGCCACGAAAUUGUUGAUUGGAACCCACCUCCCCACCCAGAGGCAGUUGAAAAUCUGCUCAAGAUUUUCGGUUCUGCUGCAGGCCCGGCUAUCGUCGAAGCCAUCAAGGCAAGCGGCGAGCCCCCGAUAGCUCAGAUACGUACGCUGUUCGACCAGCCGAAUGUUACUAGUAACUCGACGGCCGAGUUCUGGGACUUGUGUCAGCGGCGGGAAGAAUACAAGCAGGCGUAUGCCGCUUACUGGGCGCAAAUGGGCGGCUGCUCAGCCUCAGGCAGGGCUGUUGACGGUGUUGUUCUGCCUGUCGCACCCACGUCCGCAGUGCGCGCAGGCGAGUUCCAUUAUCUCGCCUACUCGGCUAUAGCUAACGUGUUGGAUCUGCCUGCGGUUGCUUUCUCCGUCGCUCGAGAGGGCUACAGCGACGCAAAAGCCGUUGCGAGUCCAUCUAAUCUGAGCAAGAUGGAUGAGGUUGUGAAAAGGACGUACUGCGAGGAUGACGCGCAGAAUAUGCCAGUCGGCUUGCAGGUGAUAUGUCCAAGGCUACAAGAAGAGUGCGCACUCGCUCUCGCAACGAUUAUUGAACAAGCUCUGCACGCGAGAGCUCAUAGUGCGCACAACAAAGACUGA